AAGAAUACGUGUUUUGUGCCUCGAUGCUCACUGCAGCACGAGUCACGGGAGGAGGAGAGCACACUCUCAAAGGACAGCCCCGCCGAGGGCCUGUCUCAACUCUCUCAGACCAUGCAUCAGACGAUCCGCGGGCUCUGGCAGUCCACUUGGCGCCUGGGGUCAAGCCCCACAUUACGCUUCAAAAAUGCGGAGUUAGACCCGCCAGCCUGCAACCGCAAAGCUCAAGCAUGGGUAGCUGGCCCUGCUGGGUCACAUGGUGGAUGCCCGAAUUUUAGCGUGCCCAGACCUGUGGAGCCGACAGCUGCUCAACCUAACAUAGGACAACAAAAACAAGCUCGAUUUGUUGGUGACUGAAGCCGGUGUGCAGGGUUCUGGAGUUGGAUGCGUCCGUUCUAUCUGCGAAAAUCUUGCAACCGGAAUUGAAACCUCUCAAGGGGAGCAC